AUGGAGUCCCUUCUAGGUGAAGUCCGCCAAGGUGUGAAAGAGGUCCUCCAUCAUCAACGCAACGAAGAGGAGGAGAACCUGCUGCAAUGGCUUUCCCCGAUUGACCAUGCCAAGACCCAGGUCGACAAGGCCCGGGGCCGAGACCCCGGAACUGGGGCCGGAAAAUGGCUCUUGGAUUCCUCAGAAUUCCAAGGUUGGCUCGAUGCUGGCAACAAGACUCUCUUCUGCCCAGGUAUACCUGGAGCAGGCAAGACGGUUCUCGCAUCAAUCGUCAUUGAGAACUUACUCGGGAGACGAGAGCAAACCGACAGCAAGCCGAUCGGAGUGGCAUUUAUAUAUCUGGACUUCAAACAACAGCUCGAGCUUGUUCAACUCCUUGGAAGCAUUCUCAGACAACUAGCCGCCCAUCAUUCGUCUGCUCUUGGCAGCGUCAAAAAACUUCAUGAUACAUGCAAGGCUGAAUCUCGAGAGGUGUACAUUCGUGAAGUCCGAGAUGUUUUACAUUCCAUCGUCCCGAGUUUCUCGAGGCUUUUCAUUGUCGUGGACGCACUCGACGAGGCUGAACACCACCUCGGUGAAGCACUCCUAGAUGAGAUCUUCCAGGUACAACAAGCAUAUGGAGCCAAUGUCUUUGCAACUUACAUGACCAAGCUGCCUCGUUUUGUCAGGCAGAGCCCCGAGCUGCAAGAGGAGACAAGGACAGAAAUCGUCAAGGCUAUCGAUGGAAUGUUUCUCCUGGCCACCCUCCAUCUUGACUCGUUGGUCGGUGCGCGGUCUAUGAGAGCGUUCCGAGAUGCUUUAGGAAGCCUUCCAACUGGCAACAAUGCCUAUGAUCGAGCCUAUGACCUUGCUCUAGAGCGAAUCGAGGGUCAAACUCGGAACAGGCGCGAUCUUGCCAUCGAAGUACUAUCGUGGGUUGCCUGCGCAAGGGUUCAUCUCACCACUGUUCAGCUCCAGCACGCUCUUGCUGUCAUUGUCGGCUCGACACAUUUUGACCAGUCCAAUAUCUCUGACAUGGACGAUGUCGUCUCUGUUUGCGCCGGUCUGGUCGUUGUGGAUCCAGGACGCGACAUUGUUCGGCUUGUGCACUAUACAACUCAAGAAUAUUUUGAGCGGGAAAGGAGCAAGCGACUCCCGGAUGCACAGAGCCAUAUAACUGCUUCUUGUCUCGCCUAUCUUUCGCUUGACUUCUUUCAAAAGAUAUCCUGGGCAGAAUACAAGCGGGAUUUUGUGCCGUUCUCGGGCUACCCUUUCCAUGAGUAUGCUGCACUAAACUGGGGAUAUCAUGCCCGUGAAGCAUCAGCCUUGCUUCCGACCGUACUUGAAUUUCUCAGGUGUGGAAAUAUUGGACUAUCAAAAGCCGUCCUGAGGGAAUUUGUGUUCAAUGAUACUAUUGCCUAUUGGGGUGCUGCACCAACACCAAUCGGGCUUCAUUUGGCAGCCUAUUUUGGACUCUUGGAGGCAGUGAAACUCCUCGCAGAUCAAACUUGCCUAGGUUCCAACGAUGAAGCUUAUCGUACGCCAUUAUCAUGGGCUGCCACCAACGGACAGGUCGAAAUGGUAUCGUAUCUCCUCAACACAGGCAAGGUUGACGCAGAGUCCAAAUGCCCAAGAGGGAGAACACCGUUGCAUUACGCUGCAGGGAGAGGACACGUGGGUGUUAUGGAGGCUUUACUUAUGAUAGCCGGUGCUGACAUCAACGCUCGCGAUGACCGGAGCCGCACACCGCUACACCUCGCCGUUCGUGAAAAGCAAGGCCCCGCAGUGCAGUGGCUUCUAGACCAUGGGGCAGACUUGAACACCAAAGACACUUGGGACGACACACCGCUUAGACAUGCGGUAAAGGAUGAUAAUGUGGCAAUGAUGAGGCAACUGCUUGGCAAGGACCAAACCGGGUUGAGCUCGAGGGAUGAUUGCCGCGGGUUGCUAUCAUUUGCCGUCUCUGAGGGGUCGAUGGCGGCAUUCAAGUUGUUGGUUGACGAAUAUAAGAUGGAUGUAAACUCUAAAGACUCUGACGGUCGAACGGUACUGUUGGUCGCGUUGCGUGAGGAACUCGUGGAUCCCACGAAAGUGGCAGACUUCUUUCUCGCAGAUUCUCGAACUGACUUGAUCUCGCCGGACUGCCUUGGCCGAACGCCACUUUCCUACGCUGCCCAAAACAAUUAUUUAGUGGCAGUCAAGCUCCUUCUCGCCAAGGACGGAGUCGACGUUAACUCGAGGGACAAUGAAGGACGCUCAGCCUUAUCAUGGGUAGCGGGUAGUGAGGGAAGGCAUUUAUCCAUAGCUCAGCUUCUCGUCGAAGCUGGAGCCGAUGUGGACUCAAAGGAUGAUAAAAGCCGCUCAAUACUAUCUUGGGUAGUAUGGUAUGGGCAUUCAGCCAUGGCCCAGCUUCUUGUCCAGGCAGGCAUCGACAUCGAUGCCAAGGACGAACGUGGCCGGACAUCACUCUUAGAGGCGGCGAAGCAGCUACAUCACAUCGCGAUUAAGCUACACGAGAUUGACUCGGAAAUCUCAAAGCACAACAAAGGGGUUUGUGAAUGUACCGAUCAACACGCGUAUGCACCGCACGACCGCGAACCGUUGACGUCCAUCCUGAGAAGAUACAAGGCCAUCUUUGACCUGCUAGUUGAGAAUGGCGCUGGCGUCGAGGUUCGAGACCAAGAUGGGCAGACGAUAGAGUCUUAUCGGGAAGCUGAACGAGACUUUUGGUCGUCGCUGAGGGAUGGAAUUCAAGAUCAACCUCGGGGCCAGCAUCGAGAAUGUCCGCAGGGCUACUCUUCACCAGAUUGUAGGGACACCGACAACUGUUUCUUUCCAUACUGGUAA